ACCUGCCUCCAGCUGAGCUCAGAGCCUGUGGCUUCCUCGCGCUCUCGGCCCUCCUGCCCUUCGCCCGCGAUGGCAGGUCGAGGUGGAGCCGCUCGACCGAACGGACCCGCUGCUGGAAACAAAAUCUGCCAGUUUAAGCUUGUUCUCUUGGGCGAGUCGGCCGUGGGGAAGUCCAGCCUGGUCCUGCGCUUCGUGAAGGGACAGUUCCACGAGUACCAGGAGAGCACGAUUGGAGCUGCUUUCCUAACGCAGACCGUCUGCCUGGACGACACGACGGUGAAGUUUGAAAUCUGGGACACGGCGGGCCAGGAGCGGUACCACAGCCUGGCGCCCAUGUACUACAGAGGCGCCCAGGCUGCCAUCGUGGUCUACGACAUCACCAACACCGACACGUUUGUACGAGCCAAGAACUGGGUGAAAGAGUUGCAGAGACAGGCCAGCCCCAAUAUUGUAAUUGCACUAGCAGGCAACAAGGCAGAUCUUGCUACCAAGAGAGCUGUGGACUUUCAGGAUGCACAAACAUAUGCAGAUGACAACAGCUUGCUGUUCAUGGAGACAUCAGCAAAGACAGCAAUGAAUGUGAACGAAAUCUUCAUGGCAAUAGCCAAGAAACUGCCAAAAAAUGAACCCCAGAAUGCUCCUGGUGGCCCAGGUAGGAAUCGGGUGGUUGACCUUCAAGAAAGCAGUCAGCCCAGUAGGAGCCAGUGCUGCAGCAAUUGAGCAACCGUUCCCAGCUGGCCGAAGCCCUUUGGAAUGACGUGACUGGAAUCCACUCUAACCAAUCGCACUUACAGUAGAGCAGCUGCUGCCGGUGGCUGCUGUGAUUUCUCCAUCCCUUUCUGAUCAUAGGCUGGAGGGAGCUCUUCCACCUGCACCUUUCUGUACAAAUACUAAUUCAAUUCUAAGUCUUAAGUCACUUUUUUAAUAUAUGAACUUCUGCUCUUCCCUCUUCCUGGUGGUGGUGGAUGCAUGAGCUGGGCGGCAGCACCCGCUCCCACAGUACUGUAGUUCACUAUUGGAAACAAAGGGAGAUUGAGACUAGACAGAACCUUGUUUCAAAUUAUCCACAUGUAAAGCUAAGGCUCAUACCAGUACAAUAUGCCUAGGAAAACCACUAAACUGUAGCAUUAUAGUGACAAACUUUGGCUUUUAGCCACUUAUUGACCAAAUCGAUUAUGAGUAUUUUGGGGUGGGGCAGAGGGAAGCAAAACUGGUUUCUUCUGUAUUUUGUAUUGUAUGUUUCUUCAUGUAACCGAUCAGUAUCUUGUCAAUAUAGUACAUACAACUAGCUGCCUAUUGUCUUUCUUUGUGUUGGACUCUAGCAUGCCAACGUUUUCUAUCUCCAGUUCUGUCGUAAUGCACUAAUCCUGUUGCAACUUUUGCAAAGAUCUUGUAUAGAGAAUUGUCCUUUUUUUUUUUUUUUUUUUGAUGGUUGUGAUGCCACUAAUGUUGUUAACCCAACUCUGGUGCAAAUACACAUGGUUUACUGAUGUACAGAGGUGGGGUGGGGAACCUUGAGUAACUUGUCUGUGGAAACUAUGUGUUACAAAAGCCUGUAAUUCCACAAGGUAUCAAGGGAGGUAUUAAAAAGGUUUCUGUUGCCAGACUCUAACUGAUGUUGGCUGCUGCCUAGUGCCUAAUGCAGUGUCUUAUGCGUACUGGUAUUUAAGAGGAACUGUCAGCCUAGUCUUCAUCACAAACUUCAGUUUUGUGUGAUUACAAAAAAAAAUUUUAUAAAUCUA